AUGGAUAGAAGAAAUAAUCCAAGAAACAAGGGAAGACCUUGUGGCGGUCCACAGGGCCGUCCAACCCCUCCCCCAACCUACCACCAGCUGCAGAAUCAGCUCAAUUCUGCUCACGAGAACAUCGAUGAGCUGAAAAUGAAGGUACGAAGCCUGGAGGAGAAUAAGAGCCAAGCCCAGGUUACAACGGAGAACUGUGACAUGGUCCCUAAGAAGGUUCGAGGCGGCCGUCUGGAGGAGCUUCUGGUUACCCGGGCGGCGGGUUUCAAACUAGAAAUCUGCCAUCUCAAGAAAACAAUCCAGCUUCAGAAAGACAAAUACAAUGAGAUGGUUGAAAAGUAUGAGGCAGAGAAACAAAAAGUCCAGGUGAAGGUGAAAGGGUUUCUGGACCUAAUCUCCGAGCGGGGCUAUGAAAUCCUGGAUCUCAACACUAAGAUCGACAGUCUCUUUCAGACGCUGGAGGAGAAAGUAUCCGAGCUAAACACCAAUGAAGCUGAACUCCAACAGAGCGAGAAAACCUGGUCAGCAAAAUGCACCGCUCUGCAGGACAGGUUCACAAAGGACCUGGCCGAGAAAGAAGAGAGCUGGCAGACCAGAUUUAACGCUUUGCAGACGAUGUGCAACUCUCUGCAAGAGAACCUGAAGACGGAGCAGGUCAAGAACAAAGACUGGCAGAAGAAAGCCAAACAGAUGGAGGAUGAGAAGAAGGAACUGGAAGAAAAGUUCACACAAGACCUGGCUGAGAAACAACAGAGCUGGGAGAUUAAAGACAAACAGAUGGAGGAGGAGAAGAAGGAACUGGAGGAAAAGUUCCCAAAAGACCUGGCUGAGAAACAACAGAUUGUAGGGAUGCAAGCAAAGGCAAUACCACCCGUGAUUGAAGUUGUGGAGGAAGAAGAAGAGGAGGUGGGAGAAGAAGAGGGAGAUGAAGUGGAGGCUGAUGGCAAGGAAGAGGAGGAUGAAGAACUAGAGGAGGAAGAGGAGGAAGAGUAUGAAGAAGAGUAUGAAGAGGAUUAUGAAGAGGAGUACAAUGAGGCAUAUGAAAAAUAUUAUGAGGAGGAGGAAGCUGAAGGAGAGGAGGUGGAAGAGGAGGAAGAAGAAGAAGAAUGGGAUGAGGAAGCAGAAGCUGUGGAUGAAGAGGAGGAGGAAGAAGCUGUGGAUGACGAGGAAGAGGAAGAAGAGGAGGAGGGGGCAGAAGCUGUGGAUGGGGAGGAAGAGGAAGAAGAGGAAGAAGAGGAGGAGGGGGCAGAAGCUGUGGAUGAGGAGGAAGAGGAAGAAGAGGAGGAGACAGAAAUUGUGGCAGUGGAGGAGGAAGAGGAGUGGGAAGAGGAAGGAGGGCAAAGAGAGGAAGAGCAGGAGCGAGAGGGACUUGAAGCAGCUGAUGAUGAAGAGGAGGAUGAGGAGGUGAAGGUAUCUGCAGAGAUGGCGAGGGAGGAGGAUGAAGACGAAGAAGAGGAGAAGGAACCUGAAGCAGCUGCAGCUGAGACUGAUGAAGAUGAGGAAGAAGAAGUGAAAGAGGAAGCAGCAGAAGAAGACAAAGAGGAUGAGGAGCAGGAAGACGGGAAGGCAUAUGCUGCUGAUGAAGAAGAGUCUGAGCCUGCAGCUGCUGAUACCGAUGAGGAUGAUGAUGAUGAUUAUGAUGAUGAUGAUGAUGAUGACGACGAGAAGGCAGAUGCUGCUGAUGAAGAUGAUGCAGAAGAGUCUGAUGCAGAGGAUGAAGAUGAAGUUUCUCCCGAACCUAUCUCCACAUCUGAGGAUCAAGAGGCGGCGGUGUCUCCUGACUCCGACGCACCUGUUGACGUCGUAGACAGUGACGAUGAAGAUGACGAAGAUGACGAAGACGACGAAGUCACCGACUCCUCAGACGUCAGUGAAUCUGCACUCCUUUCCAGCGAGGAGGAGGAGAAAGAGAAGGACGAUGAGGACGAUGAAGAUGACGAAGAUGACAGAUUAGCGGAGGGCGUGGAGACAUCCGACAGCGACCUAGAGCUUGAUCUUCCUCUUCCUGCUGCCAGUGAGGACGAUGAAGAGGAGGAAGAUCACAAACUUGCCAAGGAGGAAGACAUUUCUGCUUUACCUUUUGCCGAUGAUGAUGAUGAUGAUGAUGAUGAUGAUGAUGAUGAUGAACACCUGGACAAAAGCGUCAAAGUUGCCAAAGAGACAGAUGAGGAUGAUGAGGAUGAGGAUGAUGGUCUGGACCAAUCAGACGAGGACAUCUCCGUCGCCUCCUCUGAACACUUUGCAGAUGAUGAAGACGAUGAGGAAGACAGGUACCUGAAAGACGAAGACCUCAAACUCGAUAAAGUAGACCUGGACGAUGAAGAUGAAGAUGAUGACAAACCCGAUGAUGUCACUGAAGAAGACAUCCACGACGACGACGCUAAAGCGGAAGAGGAGGAAGAUGUCGGCGCGUCUUCCUUUGAGAGUACAGACAGCGGAGUCUUAGGCGAUGAAGAUGACGACGACACUGCUCUUGAGACUGAUGAAGAGACGGACUUCAGCAGUGACAUCACCUAUGACUCAACCGACGAUGACGAAGAUGAAGAUGGAGUUAUUGACACCAGCUCGUUGGAGUUCACCUUCGAUCAGGAAGAAGAAAAAGAAACACUGUUUGACCCAGUACAAGAUGAUGAUGAUGAUGAAGAUGAAGUCACACCAGAGUCCUUAGCUGGUGAGGAUGAAGAAGACAAUAAUGACGAAGAUGACGAUAAAGAAGAUGAUGAAGAUGAUGUUGACGACGUCUUGCAAGCAGUUGUAGCUGCAGCAGCGCUCACUGUCCAGGAGGAGGCGGUGAAGACGGAGACCGACGAGAACGAGGACAUCAAACACGCUGCUGAUGAAGACAAGACUGAAGAGGAUGAAGCAGAAACAAUCAUCACCAGUCAGCCUGCUGCUCUCGAAGGGGAAGAGGAGGAUGAGGGGGAAGAUGAAGAGCCGACAGCUGAACUGAAGAAAACUGUAGACGAGGUUGAAGAUAAAGAGGAGGAGGACGAUGAAGACGACAAGGAGGCGAAGGCGACGGUGGAUGUAGCACCACAGACUGAACCCACAGUGUGUCCCUGCAUGCACUCUGCAAAGACCACGGAGUCCGCCACCGAGACCGCUAAGAAAAAAGAUGCUCCGAGAAGAGUUUCAGCUUUGAGAAGGAAAAAAGGUGAAAAGACUGAUGAUAAGCUAACAAAGAAAGGUCUGCCCAGGAUGGUAAAACUGGAGCCACAAAUCAGUCGGAUCAGGAAACUUCCUCCUCCUUUCAGAGCAAGGAGAGUGGAAAAGAAGACUCCCACCAAGGCUCCCAAAAAAGAGACCAAGACGAAAAAGGAAGAAGUCUCAGAAUCUGGAGAAGAAGUGGGUCCUUGCAGACCUGCACCGGUCUACUGCCCGUCCCCGCCUGGCUGGUACGUUCAUCACGUCGUCACGGAUAACCCGUACCCUCCUCCGACCGCGUCAGCUCCGUCUGCUCCUGUUCUGACCGCCCACCCCGUCACCACCGGAGCUCCACCGCCUCUUUAUCAGCAGCAGCAGCCACCGCAGCCGAUGCACCCGUUCUACGCACAGUACCACCCAUACCACUCGUAUCCAUCAUAUCCACCAAUGCAGCCAGUGAUGCAGCCUCCACCGGACCCAGUCCAGCCAGCUGACAGAGUCCAGCCUGCUGGACCAGUUGAUCCAGUCCAGCCAGUUGAACCAGUCCAGCCAGAAGCCACAGAACCAGAGGCUCCGGUUCAGCCUGAGAUCCAGAUUCCAGCUGCUGAAGCUCAGCUGGCUGUAGCUCCAGUCCGGGAACCCGAGACUGUUGAGGAAGAAGUGUUGUCUGCCUCCACCGUGAAAGCUGCAAAGAAGAAAAGCAAGGCUGCCAAGGAAAAAGAGCCGGCAGCAGCCAGAGACAAAACAAAGAAAGAUGCUGCCGCUGCUUUGAAAGAGAAAACCAAAGCUGGCGUUGCAAAGAAAGAGCCCACAGUGAGAAAAGAGAAAACCAAAAGUCCCGCAGUGGCUAAGAAAGAGCCGGCUGUUAAAGAGAAAACCAAACCGGCUGCUAAGAAAGAGCCAGCUGUGAAAGAGAAAAGCAAACCUGCAGCAGCUGCUAAGAGAGAGCCGGCAGCUGCAGCACGACAGAACAGGAAACCAGCCUCCGACAAGACAGAAGUGUCACCCGUCAGGAGCAAAGCCAAGGCUUCUACAGCCAAGAAAGAUUCGGAUCCAGAACCACGUCCACAGCCGGUCCGACUGAGAACGAGACUAGAAGCUGGGGAGAGGGACAAUGUGACCUCUCAGGCCAGGGGGGAGAAACCGGCCAGGACAUCCUCUCAACCAGCCAAAACACGAUUAAAAUCAGUGGCCGACAAGAAAAGCAAAGAUGAGAAGGCUGAAACUAAAUCCGUCAAAGAGGCUCAAGAUAAAGAGAAACAACCAACACAAUCUAAAGAGACCCAGACUGAUGACAAUACGACAGAAAAGAAGAAACCAGGCCAGAGAUACUUCCAGUGCAUUUACAUCCCUGGUAAAAAUGCACAGUACCCCUUGCGACCGGCCAUGUCCCCCGCCAUGAUGUCUCCCGCGAUCAGGUCCAUGUUGGAGCAGCAGCAGAGAGCAGCGAGGGCGUCGGGCCAGUAGGACAACCUGACCUCUCCCCUCUUUCUUCUGACGGCUCCACCUCCCAGUCCAGCAGGGGAGACGCUCCAGAUCUGUGGGAUCCUUAAAUCCUGGGGAAAUACCCCAGACAGACAGAUAAGACUGGACACAACUAUUUUGUCUUUAAUUUAUUCAUGUAUUUAUUUUUCUCUCGAUGUGGUCGAGCUCCUGGGGUUCCUGUCAAUAUUUCAUACUUUUUUUUCUUUCUGCUUAGCUGAUGCUUCACCAGUCGAAACCGCUACGCCUCGCUUGUGCCUUAGAUUUGACCUAAUGUCACCAAAAUCCAAACACGCAAGCUUUUAUGUGAAUAUUCUUAUCUCAGUAUGUGUAAAUAAUGCUUACAUUUGUGAUUUAGGAAAUAAAUGCACACACCUUU